GACGUGGCAUAGAGGCCGGAGAUGACAUAGUUGAACAUCACCGCAGCUAGCCUGCUACGUCUUGCUAUUCAAGUAUAGCCUACUGUAAGUAACGAUAGGUUUGCAGAAUAGGUGAGCGACACGAACGACCAAGACCGUCUGCUCUAAAACAUGAAUCUCCUCAACGUUCUGCAAUCAGAGGAAAUGAUGUGGUUCUUCAUGUUCGUCAGCUUCCUUAACUGUGUGUCCGCCUAUGAUGUAGAUCUGAAGAAACUGGAUGGUCUCGCAAAAGCGAAGGUGGAGUCUUGCGGUGGAUGACAGCUGAACAGGCUGAGAGAGGUCAAAGCCUUUGUGACCCAGGACAUUCCUCUUUACCAUAACCUGGUAAUGAAGCACAUCCCUGGGGCUGACCCCGAGCUUGUCCUCCUCAACCACUACUACGAAGAGCUGGACCGGAUUGCCCUGUCUGACAUGACCCGCUCUGAGAUCAACGAGCUGCUGGAGAAGUUGGGCUUCUACAAGAAGGCUCAGCCUGAGGACCAGGUCCCAGAGGAGUUCCGCUUCUCCCCCGCCAAGGACAGCCCCUUCAAAGCAACUCCCUCCUCUUCUUCAGCCCCCGCAGACAACGCUUCCUCAGAUUCUGACGCAGAGGCCAAGCACUCUGACCUGUAAUCCUCACAGCAGUAAAGAGUCUGCAGUCUGUGUGGACCUGGACAGACAGGGUUACUCUCCUCCAGUGCUGGUCCAUGACCAGUUUAUUUCUGUAGCUUAAACAAUUUUUGGGGAUCAGAACACAGGACAAGCAGAUCCUGGUUCAGCACUUGGGGUAACUGUCUCUCUAACAUCAGAAAAGGUUACACAAUUUUUAUCUUCCGUUUGUCCAUUUAUUUCAGAUGAUGUGUAUGAUUUACCACUAGGUGUCAAGUGUCUUAAUGAGUCUCUCCUCUGAUAAUCUCUCUCGUGUGUCUAAUGACUUCCUGUCCUCUGUGGAACUGAAUGACGUCCCUGGCUGUAAAAUCUCCUGAUUGGCUUGGGGCCGAUGCAACGUGUCCUGGUGGGUAGGGCUUAGGCACACAAGGGGAUUCAAGUGAUGGGAUGACAAUUGUAAAACAAUAAAAAGUUUAACUUUCAA